AUGGCUUCCUCUCGCUCUCUUUCCUCCUACCUCGUCACCCCUACCGAGCUCCAAGCAGCAUUGAAAAAGAACUCUCCUAGCAAGAUAUCUACAGCUCCGAGAACGGUCCCCGUCUGCGCUUCUUGGUUCCUCCCCAACGACGGCCGCAAUGGCUUACAAACCUUCCGCGAGAAGCGUAUCCCAACUGCUCGAUUCUUCGAUCUUGACAAGGUCAUCGACAAACACUCUCCUUACCCACAUAUGCUCCCUACAGCGUCCGACUUCGCAAAAGCCAUGAGCGGGCUUGGCAUAAAGAGAGAUGAUACAGUGGUGGUGUAUGACUCACAGGAGUUAGGCAUAUUCAGUGCUCCAAGAGUGGGAUGGACAUUGAAGGCAUUCGGACAUGAUUCUGUACAUGUUCUGAACAACUUUAAGCUCUGGGUAGAGGAAGGAUAUCCCACCGAAAGUGGGGAGUUCUGGGACGUGGAUACUUGCGUCUAUCCAAUACCCGAAUUUCAAGCUAGCAAAGUAAUUGACUUUGAGGAAGUGAGAGAAAUAGCUAAGGACGUCAACAAAGAAGGUUCAGAAGGUGUACAAAUAUUGGAUGCAAGGUCACACGGAAGAUGGCUUGGAAAGGAUCCAGAGCCAAGACCUGGUUUGUCCUCAGGACAUAUGCCAGGCAGUAUAUCAGUCCCAGUAUCCGAUUUAUUGGACCCGUUUAAGAAGACGAUCUUGCCAGGAGACCAAUUACGGAAGAUCUUUGAGAGUAAGGGAGUUGAUCCAAAUAGGCCGAUUAUCAACAGCUGUGGUACAGGUGUUACGGCAGCAGUAAUUGAUGCAGCAUUGAGUGAAGCAGGAUAUGGUCAUGAGAGCAGGCGGAGAUUGUAUGAUGGGAGUUGGACAGAAUGGGCCCAGCGCGUAAAAGCAUCUGACAAUUUGAUCGUCAAGGAGGCUUAA